GUCUUGAUUAGCAGUGCUUAGGGUGCUAUAGCGCAAACUGACGUGUGAGGAGAGGCUCCGUGGCCUGUGUGUGUGCUACGUAAGGCACUACGUACGAGCUGCAACUUUGACGUCGUACGUAGUCUUUCCACCUGACUUUAUCCUCACUUCUCGAUUUCCCUCUUCCCUCCUCUGACGUCAAUUUCCUUACUCUCUCCCGCAUGCGUUCAACCUGACAACCGGCGCUGCAAUUGCCCUUCUUUCUUCCCUCCCCGCUCCUUACCCUCCUCUGCAGCUCUGCAGCUGCAGAGUCAACACCCCUCCGCCAUGGCCGCGUCGCUUCUCGAGCUGCCGGCCAUGUUCCUGGGCCCGUUCUGGGCGUGGGUUGAUGCCACGCCCAUCUACGUCUUGAUGGUCCUCUUCGUCGCGCUGAUCCUCUUUGCGCUCCUAGCCCUCUUCGUCCUCCUCCACCUCGUUGCGCCCAAGCCCCGCCCCGUCCUACCCUCCGAAAAGACGUACAUCACCAGUCAUCCUUCGACCGGACGAACCCAACCCCUCCCGCUCCCAUGUUGGUACGACCGAUGGCUGGCUGAGCGCCACCUCAGCGAGCAGCGUGCCCAGCCCGGCGAGGCCUACCCCACGCCUGACGCCGGAUCUAUCGAGCCUGCCGAGUUGCGUCUCAGCGUCGUGUUCCCGGCCUACAACGAAGAGGACCGCGUGAUCCCAACGCUCGAGGAGGCCGUCCCCUACCUAGAUGAGCACUUUGGCCGCUCGUCGCGCGCUAAGCCCGCAGUGACGAGCCCAACAUCGAAGCGACACAUGCGCAAUGCGCCGAAGGUGGACCUGGGCGGGUAUGAGAUUAUCCUGGUGAACGAUGGGAGCCGUGAUAAGACGGUGGAUGUGGUGCUCCAGUUUGCCAAGGACAAUGGCCUGCACGACAUCUUGAGGGUUGUAUCGUUGGAGAAGAACCGGGGCAAGGGAGGUGGCGUAACACAUGGAUUCCGCCACGUCAGGGGCGAGUACGUCCUGUUCGCGGAUGCGGAUGGAGCAUCGCGGUUCAGCGACGUUGGCAAGUUGAUUGAGGGAUGCGAGGAGGUGGUUGAUGGGUCUCAUCGAGGCGUAGCUAUUGGUAGCCGCGCCCACCUCGUUGGGAGCGAGGCCGUUGUUAAGCGCUCGGCCCUGCGAAACUUCCUCAUGCGAUCCUUCCACCUCGUCCUCAUGAUCCUCACCCCACCAGCCACUUCCCGCAUCCGCGACACCCAGUGCGGCUUCAAACUCUUCUCUCGCGAGUCCCUCCCGCACAUCAUCCCCUACAUGCACACCGAGGGCUGGAUUUUCGACAUUGAAAUGCUCAUGCUCUCAGAGUCCGCCCCGUCCACCCCUAUCCUUGGUAGCGACGGCAGUGUUAUUGGCACAAGUCCCGGCAUCAAGGUCGCGGAGGUGCCUAUUGAGUGGCACGAGGUCGGUGGAAGCAAACUCAACGUCAUCCAGGACAGCAUCAAGAUGGCUAUUGGCCUCGCUGUGUUGCGCGCGAGCUGGAUGAUGGGGGUGUAUCGACGGCGGUUGACUUAGAGAAGAAGCUGUUCCCUGUGCGAGACUAGGGUGGUUAGCAAUACACCAACCGGUUGGCCCGAAGUGGCCUGUGUAUGAAACAAAAUAAAAAAGGAAGUAAAAAAGGUUCAUCUUCCCAAAUAUAGCAUCCAUUACUCAGAG